CUUUGAAGGCGUGGUUUUCCUAAUGCACCGGAAGUACAACCAACCCCUGUACUUGGUGUGAAGUAUGAGCUACUGAAUGCUGAACAGGAUUUGUGCACUAUGCUGAUUUCAGGCAUUCAUGCGAAAAAAGAUGUGCAGAUAAUUGUGCGGUUUGCUGCUUUUACGCGAGUGUUGGCGCUUAUAUUACAGGCUGUGUUAAAUGCCCUAAUCCCUGAUCAUGAAGCGGAUGCCUUCAGUCCUCCCCGGGCAGAGGAACCACUCAUCUUGGACCACACCGUCGAGAUGCUCUUUAGUGGUUUAGGCCGCUGGGAUGCUGAACAUUUUCUCUUCAUAGCAGAGCAUGGCUACUUGUAUGAGCACAACUUUGCUUUCUUCCCACUCUUUCCGCUGGUCCUGCGUUCGGCAGCGACCUUCCUGCUGUGGCCUCUGAGUCCCUUUCUCACAGUACGUGGACGUUUACUCGUGAUGGUGGCCAUAGCUAAUAGCACACUCUUUGUGAUGAGUGCAGUGGCACUUUACGGACUAAGCCGCCUGGUUUUACAGGAUCGAAAGCUUGCCCUGAUCUCAAGCCUUAUCUACUGCCUCACACCGGCCAAUGUUUUUAUGUUAGCAGGCUAUUCAGAAAGUCUAUUUGCACUUCUCACCUUUAGUGGGCUCUGCUUACUGGAGAGGGGGUUUACAACUGGAGCAUGUUUCCUUCUAGGUCUUGGCACUGCAGCACGCGCGAAUGGCCUUGUGAAUGCUGGCUUUCUGUUAUACCUGCCCCUGCAGCGGAGUCUCACUCAGGUGUUUAACAAAGGAUCCGCAUGGCACUACAGCUGGGCAGCCCUGAGGUUUUUGCUUACAUCACCACUUUACGUUGCAGUCAUUGUGCUACCAUUUUGCCUCUUCCAGUUCUAUGGCUACUACACAUUCUGUCUGCCGUCUCUGACCGAGGAGCAGAUUUCUCCUGCUUUCCUCAACCUGGCCAGGGAGAAAGGAUACAGAGUUCCUGAUGCAGCAGCACCCGCACCAAGCUGGUGCAUGAAACCUGUUCCAGUGCUCUACUCCUACAUUCAGGAUGUGUACUGGGAUGUUGGUUUCCUCCGAUAUUUCCAGUUAAAGCAGAUACCCAACUUCCUCUUGGCACUUCCAGCUGCCACACUGAGUGCUCUGGCAUUAUACAUGUACAUAGUGGCUAAUCCAUGUUUUUGUUUGCAUCUUGGGCUGGGGGAAAUUGGAAAGACGAAGAAAGAAGGAAAACCACCAACUGGCCUCUACUGCCCAAAGGUGUUUGUGUACAUCGUUCACUGCUCUGUGUUGCUAACAUUUGGUGUAUUCUUCAUGCAUGUCCAGGUGCUUACCCGGUUUCUAGCCUCGUCUACGCCUGUCAUCUAUUGGAUUAGUGGUCACCUUCUUCUUUCCUGUGAACCCUUAUUAAAAGAAGAUAAAAAAUUGGCUUAUGGUCAUGGACAGAACACCUUGGAACAAAACAUUUAUAAUUUUUCCUUAACGUGCAUUAACAACCCUAUCACUCAGCUCCUGAUGCGCUGGAGGACUUGCUCCUUUCCCACCCACUGCAUUCUGGGAUACUUCAUCUCAUACUGGCUGUUAGGUUUGGCUCUGCACUGCAACUUCCUACCCUGGACUUGACAGGAAGGUUAUGGCUGGACUCUUUGUUUUGUUGUGAGUCACAUUUGUGCAUCUGCAGUAUCUUACCUUCUAUUUGUAGAUUUUCAUGAAGGUCUGCUUAACAAACCUAUUUUAAAAUGUUGGUCAUCAUAUAAAAUGUCAGCUUUCUGUCAUACUGGGGAACAAUGACUGCUUUGGCUAUUUUUCAAUAAACUUACGUGUUCUUUAUCUUAUCCUUUGUUUUGAUUAUAAAUGUGUUCUCAGAAAGCUUGGGUACGAUACAAAAGUUGCAGAAUGAUUUUUCUCAAAUGGAUUCAGUAGACAGAUACGUCACACUGCCCGACAAACACACUGUUGAACACCUAGACAGUCAACAUGUCAAAGAGCUUAAUCAUGUAGAAACAAGCUAAAUAUAUAGCAGACGUUCGCAAAUAGUCAGAUAAAUAAUUUAAUGAUAGUGCAGUUAAUUGCAUGUGGGUGUGCAUGGCUAAUGUCAAGACACAACCCUCCUAUCCCAAUGUCAGAGUUACAGUAGGCUUACAACGUGAAGUAGUAGUGAAGAAAACCAGUCAUUGUACUUCAGUGGAGUUUUAUGUGUUUUAUGACAAAAGAAAUAGUCAGUGAUGUACGUGUUCAUGUAAUCUUCAGCAUAUUACAUUUAUUAGCAAUAAUAAUGUUAUUCUGUAGCCUGGAUAAGAGAAUUUGCCAGCUGGUCAGUUGUGACCUUGUGGCACCAUCUGGUAUUGUUGAAAAGUUAAGACUUUGGAAAGCCACUUAUUACUCUGCAGUAUAGACCAUAUGUACAGACAGGUCACAAAUUAAAUUCAUGUCCGUGUGGAUUUUCUCCAGUUUCCUCCUUCCUCCCAAAACCCAUGCCACAGGUGAACUGGCUAUGCUAAAUUGCCCUUGGUUUGAAUAAGUGUGUGAAUGUGUGUGUGCAUGGUGUAGUGUGAUGGACAAGCGUACCAUCCAGGAUGUAUUCCCACCUCAUUCCCAGUGUUCCAGGGAUUUCUCCGGAUCCACCGUGAGCCUGAGUGGGAUCAAGUGGUUACUGAAGAUGAAUA